AUGGACUACGACGAUGAGCUUGGAGCUUCAGUGUGGGAUGAUCAGAACAAUGAUUCAAACGUAAGAGACGGCGGCGAACUGGCGACAACAUUCGCUACUUUAAGCGCAGGCAAAGGAGAUCAGCUGGAGCAUAGCGAAUGGAAUGAUGACGCUGGAAUAAAGCCACAAGCCGAGCCAAUUGAAUCAGAGGGCGACAAAAAAGAUUUAAUGCUGUCUUUGGCCCCCGAAGAAGAUCCUUUGACUGGUUUAUCAGUCCCUGAGCCGAUGGUAACUUCGGAAAAGGGCGAAACCCUAUUUGGAGACGUAAAUACGUCUCCCUUGGAAGUAAGCGAAAACGAUUCACAGAAAUCAACAACAACCGAGGAAGUGUCCCCAUUACGUAAACCGUACGCGAAGCCGCAAAAGCUUUUUUCUUCGGCGCGUCUGCGCCGUCAUCCGCUCACGGAAGUUCAGAAGGCAGACCUUUUCGAAGAUCCUUUGGCUUCGAACUCCGCUGACAUCAAGGAAGAUGAGUUUGUGGAGGAGUCUUUGGAAUAUGACGGUGCGCCAGAAGAGUCAAAGGAUAUCCUGCAACAGAUGGAAGCGCCACUUUUCAAGAUAUCUCCCCGCAAAAACCUAAGCUCGACGCCAUCAAUUAAGAAAGUUGUCCAGAAUGCUGGUGCAAAUUCUCAAUUUGACGUUGCUUCCAUGGAGGCAGUGGAGAUCAAUACGCCGUGUUCAAAUUACACCAUUGAGGUAGUAGAUCCAUUAAAGGUUGGAGAUCUUACGUUUGCGCACGUCGAAUAUACCAUUUGUUCCAAAAGCGAGAAACUAAACCCUCCAGAAGUGCGCGUGCAAAGGCGCUAUCGAGACUUUAGAUGGCUCUACAGGCAGUUACAAAACAACCACUGGGGAAAAAUUAUUCCUCCUCCACCAGAGAAGCAAGCAGUGGGCAGGUUCAAAGACGAUUUCAUCGAAAGCAGAAAGCUUCAGAUGGAGAGGAUGCUCAACAAAAUUGCACAAGAUAAAGAUUUGCAGGAUGACGCGGACUUCAUGAUGUUUUUACAGAGUCAAAAUUUUGGUCAAGAUUCAAAGGUAAGAGAACAUUUGACAGGUUCAAAUGCGUCGAGCGAUAGCAAUGACAUUUCUGAAAUUCACAUCAGUGCGAUUGAGCUUCUUGGUCAAGAGGACGCCGUAAAUGUGAUGAAAAAUGGUGGGCUCGACGAGUCUCAAAAGGGCUUCAUGAACAUUUCUUUCGCUUCUCUUCCAAAAUAUACCGAGUCCGAUACGUUCUUUGUAGAACAAAAACAAGCAAUAGACAUUCUAGAAGAGCAGCUCAAGCAAUUAUGCAAGUCGCUGGAGAUCGUGGACACCCAGAGAAACGAUCUUGCAUCUGUGACAGAGGAAUUUGCCAAUACGAUCAAAUCUUUAGAGGAACUCGAAGUUUCUAAAAAGGGCUCCGAAAUUCUGGUCAAUUUUGCGGAUGUGCAUCUGCGCAUCAAAGAGUCGCUUCAAAGAAGUACAAUGCAGGAGGCACUCACGCUAGGUGUCACAAUCGAUGAGUACAUGAGGUCGUUAGGUAGCAUAAGGGCUGUCUUUAAUCAAAGGUCUAAAUUAGGAUAUUACGCAGUAGUUGUGGAACAUGAUUUGUUGAAGAAGCGAACCCAGCUAGAAAGGAAUAACCACAAGGGCCCAUCAGAUAAAGUAGAGGCUUUGAAUAAAGAUUCGCGAGUUUUGGAGGACAGGCACUAUAAGAUUAAAACAAAAUGGCAAGAAAUUGGUGCUACCAUAAGGAAAGAGUUGCGGAGGAACGACUUCGAUAAAAUGGUUGAUUUCCGGAACAGCAUAGAAAUAUUCUUGGAGUCCAGUAUAGAAACGCAAAAAGAAUGCAUUGAACUUUGGGAAACAUUCUAUCAAAAUAACCUAUAG